UAACAUCCAUUACAGAACUCCGCAGCACAUGCAAUUAUCAUCUCCGUCUCCAUCUUCCAAUUUGUUCUUGGUGCGCGACCAGUACACCUAUAUUCUCUAUUUUUCUCGCUGUUGAGAUCUGAAAGAGAGAGACAUCUUCCUUCUCCACUUCCUUACACGCGCCACCAUUAUGGCCGCUCCGACGAUCCCAAUCUCAAACCCUCAGUCCCAACCACAAACGCAACCACCAAUCGCCACACCUGCCUUCCGCGCGUUCCUUUCACGCCUCUCCUCCUCGAUCCGCCAGAGCUUCUCUCAACGCCGCCCGUGGUCAGAACUGGUUGACCGUAACUCCAUUUCCCGACCCGAUUCCCUCUCUGAAGCGGCUUCCCGGAUCCGUAAAAAUCUGUCUUAUUUCAAAGUCAAUUAUAUUACCUUACUGGCAAUUGUACUCGCCCUCUCUCUUUUGUCUCACCCUUUCUCUCUGCUAGUCCUUCUCUGUCUUCUUGGCGGAUGGAUCUUUCUCUACCUAUUUCGACCGGCGGAUCAGCCUGUGGUUGUUCUCGGUCGAACUUUCUCAGAUCGAGAAACCCUAGGUGUUUUGGUCGUAUUGACUAUAGUCGUGGUAUUUUUGACUAGCGUUGGCUCGCUUUUGAUCUCUGCUUUGAUGAUUGGAUUGGCAAUUGUUUGUGCUCACGGUGCGUUUAGAGUGCCUGAGGAUCUGUUUCUUGAUGAUCAAGAGCCUGCAAGUGCUGGGUUCCUCUCUUUCCUCGGCGGUGCCGCGUCCUCCGCCGCCGCUGUGGCUGCUCCCGCGGUUGCCUCACGUGUUUGAUGCGGCUUCACUCAUUCGUAUGUUUGAUUAGUGCUUUAGUACAUUUGUUAUGAGCAAAAAGUGAAAGAUUCAUUUUUGUUUCUUGGCUGAUCUUAAUGCAAUUAAUUGGAUUAAAGUUUUGUAGAUUAAUCUAGGAUUGGAUGCUAUCUUAGAUCUGAUUAGUUGAUUUGCACUGUAACUUGGAUUAUUAUGGUGGAUUAUAUUGAUUCUGAUAUUGCGUUAUUUACUUCAAA